CUAGACUCUCAUUAGAUCUCAUACAGCAGAAAGUAGAGAAAGAGGCAAUUGGGAACUUUGAGUAUGACAAGGGGGUUAAGAUUUCUGUGUUGGCCCCUGUGGCCUCUGACCCUCCUCAGCCUGCUCCGUACAGUGACCAUGCUGGAAUUCGGUGGGGCACCUGGCCAGUGGGCACGCUACGGGCGCUGGGAAGCCGGUUCAGUGGGAGAGCUGAGCUUCAGUCUCAAGACCAACAUUAGUAAAGCCUUGGUACUCUACCUAGACGAUGGCGGCAACUGCGACUUCUUGGAGCUGCUGAUAGCUGGCGGACGCCUCCAGCUGCGCUUUGCCAUCCACUGUGCCGAGCCGGCCACGUUGCACAUGGAGACGAGGGUGAAUGAUGACCGCUGGCACAUGGUGUUGCUAACCCGCAAUUUCCGCGAGACACUUCUGAUGGUGGACGGAGAGACAAAAGUGGCUGAAGUCAAGUCCAAGAGGAAGGAGAUGGCGGUGGUCAGUGACCUGUUCGUGGGCGGCAUCCCGCCCGACGUGCGCCUCUCCGCGCUCACGUCCAGCACAGUAAAGUACGAGCCCCCCUUCCAGGGCUUAAUUUCUAAUCUCAAGGUGGGGGAGACGCCUCCUAUUCUGUUAAAUAGCCAAGGAAUUCAGAGCGACCUGGAGUACCUCUGCACCAAACAGAACCCAUGCUUCAAUGAAGGGCUUUGCUCGAUUCAGUAUGGAGAAGUUCACUGUGACUGCACCCACACCCGCUUCAAGGGGAAGUACUGCAAGGAAGCUGAAGAGUAUGCGGUUGAAGGUCUGGCGCACCUGACGUUAAACGACCAAGGUGACUCAUCUCAAGCUGGUAAGGAAGAGUCGGUGGCCACCUUCAAGGGCAACGAGUUCUUCUGCUACGACCUGUCGACGACGCCGAUCCAGAGCAGCACCGACGAGAUCACGCUCUCCUUCCGCACGCUGCAGCGCAACGGACUCAUGCUGCACACGGGGAAGUCGGCCGACUACGUGAACCUUUCCCUGAAGAGCGGCGCCGUCUGGCUGGUCAUCAACCUGGGCUCGGGGGCCUUCGAGGCCCUGGUAGAGCCUGUCAAUGGCAAGUUCAACGACAAUGCCUGGCACGAUGUGCGCGUCACCCGCAACCUGCGCCAGCACGCAGGCAUUGGACACGCUAUGGUGACCAUCUCAGUGGACGGUAUAUUGACCACCACUGGUUACACCCAGGAAGAUUACACCAUGCUGGGCUCCGACGACUUCUUCUAUAUCGGCGGGAGCCCCAACACUGCUGACCUGCCCGGAUCACCGGUCAGCAACAACUUCAUGGGCUGCCUAAAAGACGUGGUGUACAAGAACAAUGACUUCAAACUGGAGCUCUCACGGCUGGCCAUCGAGCGGGACCCUAAAAUCACCCUCAGCGGCGACCUGGUGUUCCGCUGCGAAGACGUAGCAGCUCUCGAUCCCGUUACCUUCGAGACCCCCGAGUCCUUCAUCUCUUUGCCCAAGUGGAACACCAAGAAGACGGGCUCCAUCUCCUUUGACUUCCGCACUACUGAGCCCAGCGGGCUCCUGCUCUUCAGUCACGGCCGUCCCCAGAGUCCCAAAGAGCAGAAGCCUGGUCGGGAGCUGAAGACGGAUUACUUUGCAAUGGAACUGCUGGAUGGGUAUUUGUACCUGCUGAUCGAUAUGGGCUCUGGGAAAACAAAGCUGAAGGCCAGCAACAAGAAGGUCAAUGACGGAGAAUGGUGCCAUGUGGAUUUCCAGAGGGAAGGGAGGAAAGGCUCCAUCUCCGUUAACAGCCGCAGCAUGCCCUUCAGCUCCCCAGAGGGCAGUGAAAUCCUGGACCUGGACAGUGAUAUGUUCCUGGGCGGGCUGCCCGAGUCUAAGUCUGACCUCAUUCUGCCGCCCGAGGUUUGGACAGCGCUGCUCAACUACGGCUACGUGGGCUGCGUCCGAGAUCUCUUCAUCGACGGCAAGAGUCGCGACGUGCGUCGCCUGGCCGAGAUCCAGAGUGCGCUCGGCGUGAGCAGCUUUUGCACCCGCGAGCUUCAGAAGCGCUGCAGCAGUACCCCGUGUGGCAACGGGGGUCUGUGCAAAGAAGGCUGGAACCGCUACAUCUGUGACUGCAUUGGCACCGGAUACCUGGGUACCAACUGUGAGAUCGAGGCGACGGUGCUGAGUUACGACGGCAGCAUGUACCUGAAGAUCAUCAUGCCGUUCACCAUGCACACAGAGGCCGAGGACGUGGCUCUGCGCUUCAUGUCUCAGCGGGCGUACGGCCUGCUCAUGGCCACCACCUCCAAGGAGUCGGCGGACACUCUGCGCCUGGAGCUGGACGGAGGCCGAGUCAAGCUCACCGUGAACCUCGAUUGUAUCAGGAUAGACUGUAGCCUCAGCAAAGGACCUGAGGUACUGUUCGCGGGGCAGAAGCUGAACGACAACGAGUGGCACAUGGUGAAGGUGGUGCGGAGAGGCAAGAGCCUGCAGCUGUCUGUGGAUAACGUCACAGUGGAAGGCCAGAUGACUGGCGCUCACACGCGUCUCGAGUUCCACAACAUCGAGACGGGCAUCAUGACCGAGCGCCGCUUCAUAUCCGUGGUGCCCUCGAACUUCAUCGGCCACCUCCAGGGCCUGACCUUCAAUGGCGUGCCGUACCUGGACCAGUGCAAAAACGGCGACAUCUCCUACUGCGAGCUGAACGCCAGGUUCGGCAUGCGCCACAUCAUCGCAGAUCCGGUGACGUUUCGGACCAAAGGCAGCUACUUAGCGCUAGCCACGCUACAAGCGUACGCCUCCAUGCACCUCUUCUUUCAGUUCAAAACCACCACGCCAGACGGCCUGAUGCUGUUCAACUCUGGAGACGGGAGUGACUUCAUUGUCGUGGAACUGGUGAAGGGUUACGUCCACUACGUCUUUGAUCUCGGCAACGGGCCGUCGCUGAUGAAGGGCAACUCAGACAAGCCGCUCAAUGACAACCAAUGGCACAACGUGGUGGUGUCCCGGGACGCCAACAAUGUGCACACGCUCAAGAUCGACUCACGCACCGUUACUCAGCACUCCAAUGGAGCCCGUAACCUGGACCUCAAAGGAGAGCUGUAUAUCGGUGGUGUGGCGAAGAACAUGUACAGCAAUCUGCCCAAGCUGAUUGCGUCCCGGGACGGGUACCAGGGUUGUCUGGCCUCCGUGGACCUGAAUGGGAGACUCCCCGACCUGAUUGCAGAUGCUCUCCACAGGGUGGGUCAGGUGGAACGAGGCUGCGAUGGACCCAGUACCACCUGUACGGAGGAGUCCUGCUACCAUCAGGGGGUGUGUCUCCAGCAGUGGGAGGGCUUCACCUGCGACUGCACCAUGACGUCCUAUGGUGGCUCAUUCUGCAAUGACCCUGGGACAACCUACAUCUUUGGGCGAGGCGGAGCCCUCAUCACAUAUACCUGGCCACCCAAUGACCGGCCGAGCACACGGGCAGACCGGCUGGCAGUGGGCUUCAGCACGCAGCUGAAGGAAGCUGUUCUGGUCAGGGUAGAGAGCGCCAAGGGACUGGGAGACUACCUGGAGCUGCACAUAGAACGGGGAAAGAUCGGCGUGAUCUUCAACGUGGGAACGGACGACAUCAUCAUCGAGGAGGGCGCAGUGAUGGUGAGCGACGGAAAAUACCAUGUGGUGCGAUUCACACGCAGUGGUGGCAAUGCCACACUACAGGUGGACAACCAGCCGGUCAUCGAACGUUUCCCCUCAGGGAACUUUGAUAAUGAGCGCCUGGCUAUUGCUAGACAAAGAAUCCCAUACCGACUCGGUCGGGUAGUUGAUGAGUGGCUACUUGACAAAGGUCGCCAGCUGACGAUCUUCAACAGCCAGGCGUUCAUCAAAAUUGGUGGUAGCGCGGAGACGGGGCGCCACUUUCAGGGCCAGAUCUCAGGUCUGUACUACAACGGCCUGCAGGUGCUAAAACUGGCCGCUGAGGGCGACCCCAACGUCCAGACGCACGGCAACCUGCGGCUGGUGGGUGACGUGCCCUCUGUGCUCACCACGGACACCACCUCCACCACGCCACUGGCUGACAUGUCCACCACGAUCAUGGAGACGACCACCACCAUGGCCACGACCACCACUCGCAAGCAGCGCUCGCCCACCAUGAGGGACAGUGUGACACAGAAUGCAGAUGACCUUUUGGUAGCAUCAGCUGAGUGUCCUAGCGAUGACGAAGAUUUGGAGGAGUGUGAGCCUGGAAAUGGAGGUGAAUUAGUGUUGCCAAUAAUAACGGUGGACUCCCUAGACCCCCCUUCCAUCGCCACUCGCUACCCAGUUCUCCCCCCGCCCCCCACCACCUAUCGCCCCUUCCUCACCCUGCUUGAAACCACCAAAGAGUCCCUCCCCUUUCCCAACGGCCGACCCCCGUGCCCUCUGGACCAGGAGGACUGCGAGGAGACCAUCGAGGUGUCGGCAUACGGCUCGGGGGAGAUGACCGAGUCGGAUGACGAGGAUUAUUACAAAAACUCCCCCCUAGUCACUGACAGGACUGUCCUUCCUCCUCCCCCGGCCGUGGAGGGUGGUGCCCAGAACCCUCGAGACCGCCAUUUCUCCCGCUUUCCCAACUCCCACCGCCCACCUCUAUCCUCCACCCCAACGGCAAACCCCGACCAGCUCAACCCGCGCAUCAAGUCGGCUGCUGGCGGCAGCAGUAGUAGCAACAACAACAACAUCCCUGCUGGUAAAAUGAAUACCAGGGACCAGGUUCUGCUGCCACCAGCCCACCCCUCGUCAGACCCGGGCCACCAUAGAGUCCCAGGAUUAACCUACCCCCCAAAUUUCCCCCAUGUUCCCACUCCAGAUCCCACAUCUCCUGAGAGAGGGCUCCCAGGUGCUGUGGAGGUGCAGCAGUCCAGCAGCACCACAGGAAUGGUUGUGGGCAUCGUGGCCGCCGCCGCUCUCUGCAUCCUCAUCCUGCUCUACGCCAUGUACAAGUACCGCAACCGCGACGAGGGCUCCUACCAGGUGGACCAGAGCCGCAACUACAUUAGCAACUCGGCCACGCAGAGCAACGGCGCCUUGGUGAAGGAGAAACAGCCCAGCACUGCCAAGACAGUCACCAAGAACAAAAAGAACAAAGACAAAGAGUACUACGUCUGAGGGAGCGUCGCCCUGACACACAGACAGCAGACGCACUUAGAGAAGGAAAGAGACACGAGGGAGGGAGGGGGAGAGACAGAGAGAGAGAGAGAAGCGCAGUAUAUGAGAACUGGAGGACACAACAGAGGGGAAAUCAUCAUAAAACUCAGUAUUGUCAGGUGACCACACACGGAGCCAGUUCCUGUCUAAUCAGAGGGAGGCAGCAAAGAGAGAGAAAAAAAAAAAGCCAAGGUGACAUCGUGGUUGCUCUCAACGAGCUGACUCCUUAUUCUGAUGCGGAUUUACGGAAAAGGCUAUUACAGUUCAGAUCUCAACACGUACUGUGCCAACACCCAUGAACCAAACGCUGAUGAAAACAGUGAUUUAUGAAUUAGUAUACGACAGGUCAUUCAAUAUCACGAGUACUGUAGACGAGCACCACCGCCAGUAUUUGUGUCAGGAACUAUUCUACAUUCUGAGGCGAGUUUGUGGUGAAGGCCGUCACCUUAGACAGUAUCAGCAUAUCAUUUUUCCAACUAGGCUUGAGUUAGCAACAUGACGUCUCUGUAAAAAUCGAUAUACUGCCAGCUUACGGAAACCCGAGCUCCUCCGCCUCUCGUCAGAUUUCUCUCUCUCUUCCUCUCGCCGGCUCGUUGCACUCUGUUUCUCUCCUUGUCUACGGUGUUCAGCAGCUGACGCGACGUAAACUCUGCCGUGUUUCAAGCAUGUAGUAUUCAUUUACGAAAAAGAGAUAAAAACACUUUUUUUCCUUUCUGUGGAGUUUAAAAAACAAAAAAGAGAAAAAAUACACGAAAAAAUAUGAUAACGAUGAUUGACGAAUCAUACCAACCGUUAAACGUAGCAACUAUGUGCGAUACCACCACUCCAAACUAAUGGAUGCUAACUUGUAUGUUUAGCUGCCAAAAAAACUUGUCGAGGCCAAAACCUCUUGGUCGUCCUUUGUUCCAGCAGAUCUGUGUCAUGUGUUUCUGGGGCUCCAAGGUUGCCCUCUAGGGGGCCAGCAGAGGAACUGUCGCGUCCUUACAGUUACUUAUCACACGAAAAAGAGGAAAAAAACUUCAGCAAAGAAGAAGAACUCUGUGCUAUAUAAUUAUAAAUAUAUGUAUAGACGUUGCAGAAACCUAUGGACCUAAAUCGUGAGUGAGCAAAAAUGCGAGAGUUCGCUGGUCCUGCACGGCGAAGAGGGACUUAAGGAUUUUUUGACGUCGGAACAGUUUCAUUGCUCAGACCCCCCUCGCUUCCCCCCCCCCCCCUCCGGCAUUGGUUUGGCUCUGCUAUUUUUUUUUAUUAUUAUUUGAUUCCUUUCUUUAGAAAAAUGAGAGACUCUGUAGGGGAGGGGGAUUCACUUUUGCUGGAGUUCCACUGUGGAGAGAAGAGGCGCGCAGCUGAAAUAGCGACUGUGUCUUUUGCUCGUCUCUGGACUGACGGCAGCCGAUGGGGCAAAGCAAACUUUUUUUGGGGGGAAGAGCACACACGAAUUAAAAAGGGGGGCGAAUGGCAGUUUCCCCCCCUCCGCGUGCGGGAAGAUGUACAACAGAACUCUAGUAUUCCAAUUUUCUCAAAUCUAUUAAAAAAAAGAAAACUGUACGAUGAAAAGAAAAAAUCCAGAAAAAAGUUUGUGAAAUGUCUAAAUAUUUGACUCUCAUCCCAUUACUAAGAGAAAUGUGUUUUCCCUAUUAUCCAUUCCUGUUUGGAGAAAAAAAAUGUCGAUUCUGGGAAACUGAAAUUUCUAUGUAUUUUCUUUUGGUAAUUGAGCAAAUGAAACCACAAUUUUUCAUUUUUCUUCUCCUUUGAUUCUGUUUGUCAUCCUCAAGUCUAUUUUUUACAACCUCUUUAUUUUCCGAGUGUAUGUCCUCCUACCCCGUGGAGAAAGCAGGCUUUACUCAUCGUCUGUCUCUUUUCUUUUUUAUUUGUUUGAUAUCUAUUUCUGUCUUCUGUACGACUGCGGAGACAAGAUGGCAGCCAUUUCAUUUGACAGGCUUCAUCGAUUCACUCUUUGCCCAUGUUUGUCUGUUUUCUCUCAUUCUCCAUUUCAAACAUAAUCCUCCCAGUAUCUUCCUGUUCUUUCUAAAUGUUAUUGUAAAGUGUUCCAGUGAGAUGACUCUAAAUAUGUGUACAUUAACAGAGGGAAUACACUUGGUUAUAUACUUCUUA